GAACGACUGACUAAGUUUCACUUCACUUUGGACUAACGUUAGCUAUCUAGCGGUACAACGUUACGGUCUAUGAGACUUGACUUACAGUAAUGGCAAUUUUCCAUGUGAUUUUGAGCUGGACUGCUCAAGUGCUUAUGUUUCUGUUCUUUAUUAUUUUCAUAGCGUUUCUUGGUUACUGCUUGUAUAUUAAACACAUUCACAUGAAAUAUGACCACAUACCUGGGCCUCCGAGAGACAGUUUUCUCUUCGGACAUUCACCAACGCUUUUGAGGGUAAUGAAAAAUGGCGGAGUUGUACAUGACACAUUUCUGGAAUGGGCCGAGAAACAUGGUUCUGUUUGCAGGGUGAAUAUUCUGCAUUACGUUUCACUCUGUGUGACCUGUCCAGAGGCGACCAAGGAAAUCCUGAUGUCCCCAAAGUAUCCCAAAGAAAGAUAUCUUCACAGCAGACUCUUCAACCUGUUUGGUCAAAGGUUCCUAGGUAAUGGUCUGAUAACAGCACAGAACCAUGAACUGUGGUAUAAACAGCGCCGGAUCAUGGACCCUGCUUUCAGCAGCUUGUAUUUGAGAGGUCUAAUGGGCACUUUCAAUGAGAGGGCAGAGAAGCUGAUGAAUAAACUUACUGAUGUCGCUGAUAACCAAACAGACGCCAACAUGCUCCACCUAGUCAACUGUGUUACCCUUGAUGUUAUUGCUAAGGUUGCAUUUGGUGUGGAUUUAGACCUGUUGAAGAAUAGUUCACCUUUCCCUAAAGCCAUUGAGACAUGCCUGAAAGGUUUGGUAUACUCUGUCAGAGACAUCUUUUUUGAGUUUAAUCCAAAGAACCGACCAUUCAUUAAUGAAGUGAGGGACGCUUGCCGCCUGCUGCGUACAACUGGAGCUCAGUGGAUUAAUGACAGAAAGACUGCCAUGCAAAACGGCGAGGACGUCCCCAAGGACAUCCUCACGCAGAUCAUCAAAACUGCUGGCAAAGAGGAGAGCAUGACUAAAGAAGAUGAAGAGUUAAUGUUGGACAAUUUUGUGACAUUUUUUAUCGCGGGGCAAGAAACAACAGCUAAUCAGCUGGCUUUUUGCAUCAUGGAACUUGCAAGACAUCCUGAUGUACUGGAGAAAGUAAAGAAAGAGGUGGAUGAUGUCAUUGGGAUGAAACAGGACAUUAGUUAUGACGAUCUGGGGGAACUGAGCUACCUCUCACAGGUGCUAAAAGAGACUCUGAGGAUUUACCCGACAGCUCCAGGCACAUCUCGUGAUGUACUGCAAGACAUUGUCAUUGAUGGUAUCCACAUACCUGGAGGAGUCACAUGUUUUUUUAGCAGCUAUCUGACUGGGAGAAUGGAUAAAUUCUUCAAGGACCCGCUGACAUUUGAUCCAGACAGAUUUCACCCAGAUGCUCCCAAGCCCUAUUACUGCUACUUCCCCUUUUCCCUCGGCCAACGCUCAUGCCUGGGACAGAACUUUGCUCAGAUGGAGGCUAAAGUGGUGAUGGCCAAGCUGCUCCAGAGGUUUGACUUCACCCUUUUGCCGGGACAGACCUUUGACAUCCUGGACACUGGCACGCUCAGGCCGAAGAGUGGAGUGGUGUGCUCUCUGUGAGACACAGGAAUCCCAAGACAUAAAUGGUCAUACAGCACCAUAACAUAAUAAUAGUCUAUGUGGUGAAAUUGGGUUAUUGGGUUGUUUAGACUAGCUUACUGCCUGCAGCGCUGUACUCCUGCCUGAGCCAAAAGCGUCUUAUGCUGCCAAGUUGUUUUAUUAUGUUUUCUAUUCAUUUUAUUUAGCCUUUGUAAAGAAAACAGUAUCAGUGAUGCUCAUUUUAAUGAUAUACACAGUAUAUUCACAUGAAGUUAUAGUGAUGUUUUUAUAAUUUCCUAACCAUGAGGAUACGGGGAGUAGGUUAUCAUUAGCACUUUAAUCUUGGUGGAACUAACCCUUUAGCUCUGCGUAGUUGUUCUUCCAUACUCGCUGAGCUUCUAAACUCUUAGAACUUAAACGUUUGUGCCUUUAACAAUAAUAAUAAAAGCUGAAUUUACCAUUUUUACACAAAUGAAAUCAAACCACAGAAGGAAAUGAUCAACUGUUUUACACAUUAUUUUACGGAUGUAGAAAUAACUUGUUAUUAUUUGGUUGUUUUGCACUUUAAUAAACUGAUAAUUGAUUUAA